UUUCUAUUAUUAGUUCAAAGUUCACCAAUGAGGCCAAAACUGACCAUUACUGCAUUCUAUCCAAAAGGAUUACGUCUUUUAGUAGAAGGUUACUUUAAUUUAUAAUUACGUGAUAUUGUUGACAUGUCGUGAUCAAAUGGGCAUUUUUUAAACAAAAUACAGUAACAAGUUACGUGUUUUAAAAUAAUGUGAAUUGGUUAAGAAAGAAGUAUAUACCGACAAGGAUAUCUGUUCUGGGCUUGAGAUAAACUAAAUUAUGACAUCUCACACAUUGUCGUAUGAUCAUAUAUCUAUAUAAAUAGAUGGGUGAUUGUUUUGAAAUGACACUUAUGCUUAUUUCCGACUGAAACGUAUUUUUUUAUGAUAUUUACAUUAUGAGUUCGAAAACUCAUCACCGCAACCAUCUUUGCUUAUAUGGCAAAAAAGCAAAAUUUUUAGAUGAUUCGACACUAAUUAACUUCAAAUUCAAAGGCAAAAUAAAAAGGGCGAACAAUAAUUGUGACGACGAUGAAAUUAUUGCCAACGUAACAGCAUUAACAAACGGGAGAUGGGUUUACGAAGAUCCUUACGUAAAAUUGAAAUUCGCUGACGUCAUCAACUACGAUAUCCAGUAUCUACAUCAAUAUUAUGAUAAAUAUAAAAUGUACAUGAAUUUGAACGUCAAGUAUGUUGUACAAGAAAUAGUAAUUCGGGAUGAUACUUGGGGUUGUCUGCCUACUGUGACACGACUACGCGUUGGUACCGCGUGCGCUGGCCGGAUAAUAUUCGAGGACAACUUCAAUAGUCUCAACGAGGACUUGUGGCAAAUCGAACAAUACAUACCAAGUGAACCUGAGUACUCGUUCGUAUCAUAUCAACGACCACCAAAUGCGCAGACUGUGAGGGUACAUCGAGGACAUUUGCGGAUUGAACCAAAACUCCAGCAGGAACAAGAAAACUUCAGUAAUGAAUCCUUGUGCACUGGAUCACUCAAUCUCUUUAGCGGAUGUACGAGGACAGCAGAAUCGUGCAGCGUGACCGCGACAGGCGCUAGUAUACUGCCGCCGGUGGUGAGCGGCCGUCUCACAAGCAAGACCUUCGCAUUCACUUACGGCGUUGUUGAAAUCAGAGCGAAACUGCCACAAGGAGACUGGCUUUAUCCCGAAAUAUUACUGGAGCCUUUACUCAAAAAGUACGGUACGCCUAACUUCGCAUCUGGUAUCAUAAAAAUAGCAUCGGCACUCGGCAACCGCGAGCUCCGUGACGGACCAAACGAACAUGGAAAUAAGGUUCUAUAUGGAGGUCCAAUAAUGAACUUGGCAUGUCGAGAUGUGUUGACGGAACGUAAGGAGUUGUACAAUGGAUCACAGUGGGGAGACGACUUCCACGUGUACAAAGUGCGGUGGACUCCAGAUUUGUUAAGCUUUAAAGUGGACGACGAGGACUGGCUGCGCGUGGAGCCAAGGGAAAGCGGUCUUAGCGGCCGCUUUGAACGUUUCUGCAAUAUUCCUCGGACCUACCUCUCUCAAGGGACUAAGAUGGCACCUUUCGAUGACCAUUUCCAAUUAACGCUGGGCGUGGCUGCUGGAGGGAUCACGGAGUUCAAAGAUGGCGUUAUCACAGGGGACGGUCACCCGAAGCCCUGGAGCAACCGGAAUAGGAAAGCUAGCUACAACUUCUGGAGGGACUUGCCAGCCUGGCAACCUACAUGGCGACAGCCCGCUCUACUAGUGGAUUAUGUCAAAGUUACUGCUCUGUAAGAAAACGUAAGACGAUAUCGUUUUUGUAAAUAUCAUUGAUAACACGAUAAUAGUGCAGCUUCUAGGUCCCUGCAGUUUUGUCAGACUAGUCGAAUUCAAGUGUCAGUGGUCGCCUUUGCACAUUAGUGCAAAAGCGUGGUGACAUUCACCUUAACAUAAAGGAUCUUUUUCAAACAGAAUGUGUUUCUAUAAUCAAACUAAUUGUAAUGCGAAUGUUAAUGAGGUUGGAUGGAUGUUUGUUAGUUUGUAGCCUAACGCUGAACGGAUUUCGAUAAAAUUUGAUAUAGGUGUAGAAGAUAGUCUGGAACAUAGAGGCUACACUUGUUUUUUCUCAAUUCCGCGUGUACGGAGUCGCGGGCAAGCUAGUUGUAAAUAAUUGUGACUAAUGUCUGUUUUCACGGACCAGCCCUUUUGAUACAUAAGAAUAUUGUUGUGUCUUCAGUUAAGGGUCUCCUUUAAUGUAAAUAAAAGUAUAGUAUAAGUAUAAAUAAAAGUACAAUUAUGAACUUAGGUGAUACCUACACGUUGUUAAUAACAAUAUUCGUAAUAACUUAAAAAAAACAAUGUCCCGUUUUGAGUUGAAAAAAUAUACGGUCACGUUUUACACCUAGUCGCACAGGUUGAUUAGUUUUGUAACUUUUUUUCUGCAUAAUCAAAUGUCAUUAUAAAAUAAGACUACGUCAUCAGUGACGUCACGCGGCACAUUAUCGCCUCUGACGUAUUUAACUCUUGCGUAUAUCGCAUCUAAAAUAAACUUGAUAUUUAGGUUUCGAUCGAACGCGUUGGUUUAUUAUUUUGAAAUAAUAUUUCACAUAGAAACUAACGUAAGGAUAACAGAGUAAAGUAAUGAGUUUUACUUAACUUGCGUAAUAUUCCUGUGUGUUCUUGUGUCCAAGAGGGGACCAAUUGGACGACACAAAGUGAUUAUUUAUAUAAAUAUUUUAAUUGGUUCAUCAUCACCAGCUC